AUGUCUUAUAACAAACCCACAAGCCCACCGCCCUCUUACCCUGCCCAGGCCCACGACGCCGGCCCCUACUACCCAAACUCCCCACCACCGGGCCAAAGCCCUGGCUCCGCGAACGACUACUACGGCGGCGGCCAGCCCCAACAGCAGGGUUACUAUCCACCCCAACAAGGCUAUGGCCAGUCACAGCCUCAACAGCAGGGCUAUUACCCCCAGGGCCAGCCGAUGUAUUACCCUCCGCAGCAGGGCCAGGGGUACCCCCCUCAACAGCAACAAGGUUACUAUGCCGAUGACCGCGGGAGGAACUCCGGUGGUGCAGGAGGGGGCAUCUGCGCGGGUAUCAUGGCUGCCAUGGCUUGUUGCUGCUGUUUGGACAUCUUGUUCUAG